GCCGCCAGUCUGGAGGUCUGACGUCAUUAAUACAGCAGAAGAAGAACUCCCCCCACGAGAAGACCAGCAUGGCUCCAGGAGGGAAGAUUAACCGGCCGAAAACCGAACUCGGCGACAACCUCUUCAAGCGCCGGCGCGUCCUGAGCCGAGAGAAGAGGAAGAGGCAUCUGAUCGUCGGCGCCGUGGUCGACGAGGGUCUGAUCACCAUCCACCACCUGAAGAAGAGGACGUCGAGCCAGCGAGCGAACAUCACUCUGUCUGGGAAGAAGAAACGGAAGCUGCUGAAACAGCUGCAGAACAUGAAGCAGGAUGAGGCGCGUACGGAAGUCCAAGCAGCACCAACGAAGAAGAAGCCGGACUCGUCUCCAAUGACGCAGAAGAAGAGAACAGCUGGAUGUCAAGAGGACAUCGAGAUGAACGACGUGGAAUAAAGACCACGAACGCAGCCCAACGGAUCUAUCUCUCUAUAUCUCUAUCUAUAUCUCUAUCUCCUCUCUCUCUCUAUCUAUCUAUCUCUCUCUAUCUAUAUCUCUUAUCUAUCUAUAUAUCUAUAUCUCUAUCCAUCUAUAUCUAUAUCCAUCUAUCUCUAUAUCUCUAUCAUUCAUUCAACACUUUGACUUCAACUUUGAGUCAAACUAAAGAGACUUGAAGACAAAAAGUUCUCAUUAAUAAUUAUUAUUUUCAAAACUUGUUUUUUGGUCAAAAUGGAUGAUUCUUUAUGAAUAUUAUCUCAUUUAGAUUUAACUCGUCACAAAUUAUGAUUAAAUAACAUGAUUCUGACUGAAUAUAUAAUAAUAGUAAAUGGUGUUUUUCAAUGAUAAGUCAAAUAGUUGUAAAAGUUGUCAUAAAUCAUUCAUAUCUGUUUUAUUAAACAUUUAACUUCCUG